AUGGCGAAGGCCAAGGGCAAGAAGGGCUCUGGCGGAGGAGUUAACAGCCAUGUGCGCGCGCGCAUUAACUACCUAUACAAGGCGGCUACCUACCUACAGUCUACAAAGCCGACAACCCGCGAAACCGUCAGAGCCGUCAAGAAAACACAAGAAGACGAAGUAAUGUCAGACUCUGCGCGCAUCGUACCACCUAUAUCCGUAAAUGGAUCUACAACUGGCGAUCGUGCUCAAUAUCACCCCCAACUUGCUCGGAUGUGCAUUUCCCAGAUGCGCGGAGUCUCCCAGAAAUCGCAACUCCGACUUCCAAUCGAACAAAAACGGUCGUUUUGCAAGCGCUGUGAUACGCUGUUGAUAUCUGGGGAAAAUUGCACAGAAGAGCUGAGAAAUACAAGCCGCGGAGCCAGGAAGCCGUGGGCAGAGAUCCGAGUCGUCCGCUGCAACGGCUGCGGUACUGAGAAACGGUUCCCUCAGACGGCUAAGCGGAGCCGGAAGCUUUCAGAUCGCAAACAAGACUCAAAACCGGCAAAUAAGGCGGACUCGAUGAAUCAAACAUGA